AGUUUGAUGUUGGCUUGUGCCGUGGUGUUCAGACAUGGCUUUGCUCGCUCGUCUGAGCAGCAGUACUCGGCAGAUUUCCAAUAAUUAUUUUUAUAAAUUUGGCGAAAACUGUAUAUGCUCGAAAUUGCACAGAAAAGCAGCAACCAGCUUUGCCUCGCGCAUACAGAGCGGUGUAAACGCACGGUAUGCCAGCUCAGAUAAAUCCUCAUCCACUGGAGUAGAAGACAAAUAUGUAUUCUAUGAAGAACUUGUGUCGAAAAGGCGAGAUCAGGCUAGGCGAAGUGUCCUGAUUCAAGUACACUCAACUAAUUCUAGCAAUGAACUUUACAAUUACUGUUCCCAGUUUGGAAAGGUGCAAGAAAUGCAUCAUUAUCAGAUAGACAAUAACUUGAAUUUUAUUUUAAUGGAGUUCAAUUCGCUAUCUGACGUGGAGGCCAUAAAUUCCGCCUCGACACACAUACAAGUGGACCAAAAUGUUCCUGUCACAUCACCUUUCUUAUGGUUUCGGGUUGUACCGGGUUGCACGCGAAUGAAUGCUGUAACCAAGGACAUGCCACUAAAGGUCUUAAAUGCCAAUGUCUCUUCCGUACCCGAUGACAUCAAUAUGAUGCUGUUUGAGGCAGAGUCGAUUUCUGACCAAAUGACAAUAUUACACAAAGAAACAAAAUUAAACGACACUGGUACAAGGUUACGCUUUUUCAGUGCACGUCAGAUCGAAUUAUGCUUGUCGGGAAUGUUUUCUGAGAUCACAGUGCUUCCCUUUGGAUCCAGCGUGAAUGGUUGUGGUAAACUGGGGAGUGAUCUUGACUUAGUACUGCAGAUGCAUCCCCAUCUGCAUGAAAAUGUAGAAAGUAGAUUGAUUUAUUACACAAAGUCAUUAUCGGCUCCUGACAGACUUCAAACUCAGAAAUUGAUAAGUAUGAUAGCAAAUAUCAUUGAUCAUUUUCUUCCUGGGAUAUCGAAUGUAAGAAAAAUACUGCAAGCACAUGUGCCGAUAAUUAAAUUCAAUCAAACAUUGACCAACCUAGAAUGUGAUCUCAGUAUGAGCAACACGACAGGUAUAUAUAUGUCCGAAUUGUUGUACCUUUAUGGUGAGAUAGAUUGGAGAGUCAGACCCCUGAUUUUCACAGUAAGGAUUUGGGCAAAGUACACGCAGUUAACAAACAAUAGUCCUGGCUGUUGGAUAACUAAUUUUUCCCUGACACUUCUAGUCUUGUUCUACUUACAGCAGAAAAAAAUAUUACCUAGUUUGCAAAAACUAGUUCAAUUUGCAGAUAAAAACGAUGUUCGGAUAGCAGAUGGUGACGUGAAUUGCACAUUUUUACGUGAUAUAUCAAAACUACCUCAAACAACUUCUAGGAACCAGGAUAAUUUGGAAAAACUUUUGACUAACUUUUUUACUUACUAUGCAAAUUUCGACUUCGCAACACAAAGCAUUUCGCUACAAACGGGCACGCCGCUUCCCAAAAUCGGGGAAUCGGCCGUUCAUAUUCACAAUCCAUUUGAGUCACAUCUAAAUGUGACUAAAAAUAUUAAUAUCCGUGAGAUGCAACGGCUAAAAAUAGAAUCACGAAACGCAGCGUGGCUGCUAUCUUCUGCUCCUGUCAAUAAAGCCGAAAAUUGGGGGCUUUUAUCGUUGUUCAGACAAGAAAUUAAUUUGAGUCGUAAAUAUAUUAGCCCCGAUCAUAAGAAAAGAUUGGUGAACCUUUCGUUAUUGUUCGAUGAAUCAAAAACAGUGAAUGGUAAGGAAAAUCCCAUCAACUAUACUGCAAGUGGAAGAGCCAAUAUUAAUACAAUUAAUAACAGUGUAAAUAAACAAAGUGACAAAAAGAAGGAGAGCAAUGAGAAGCAAGAAUUUAGGAGAUAAAACAAAAUAUUCAAUUGUAAUAAAAUGAAUAAAAUAAUUUUACAAAAAUAUGCUGGAAAA